CUCAUUUAAAAACUAAAAUCAAAUGGUAUAUGUUUAUCACGGUCUACUCAAAAUAAGUUGUUUCAUCACUUGGCCGUUUAUCUUGCCCAAAACACAUCAUCUUACUUUAUGCCUCAUUGGCUUGGAAAAAGUGACAUUUUCUGCAACGCUCUUAACUAUUAAUGGCAUUUGAAAAAAAAAAAAAGAAAACCGUUUUUUAUAAAACCUCAGCUCUUCAUGCUACUCACUACUUUUUCGCCCUCCAUGUGCACCAAACUUUCCCCAAAACAGACCAUUUAAUCGAGAGCUCGAAAGCAAUCAUGACACGGAAGUUUUGCUCAUUCUUUCGUUUGCUCAUUGAGCUUCUUGCUUUGAUCAAACCUUCCCAUCAAGCAACCAUUACAGAAAUGUGGACGAGGAUCCCUACAAAUUACUUGAGUCCUUGGGAAGCUCCAACCAACAACUUGAAAUUGCCUCUCCUGACCACGACAGCCCUGUCCUUGAUCCCCUCCCAUCCAUCCAAGACCUUGACUGGGGUGAAAUGCGGCAGUGUCACCAUCUCUUGCGAGGAAAUAUUACCGGGAUUGAGCGAUUUCAAAAUGAGCUUGCAUAAUAUCCAGACACGGGACCCUUUUCAUGUGGUCAAGGAUAACCAUGCAUCCAAUGUAAAAGUCUUCAUUCCAUCCCGCAAUGUGCUAAUUUAGUGACAGACAAAAACGAUAUUUGAAGAGCGAAAAAUGUCCAUCCCAAAGCGAGAACCGCGGAACUGUUCAACUGCGGGUCGCAACACUGAUGAACGUUAAAUUCCACCCAAAGGGCUCGCUUAGACUGACUAUUCUUGCUUAAAUUACUAUCAGUCAGUUCUUGCCAGAAUCUAUGUCUCAAUGCAUUAACAUGUCCAGAGUGUCAUUGGAAUAAACAUUUGGCUCUUAUUUCGCGUUGACAUGCAUCAUACCUAAGUAAGGACCAGAUUUCUGCGUGUCA